AUGCCCAUGUGCGGUGGAACAAAGUCUGUGCAGCGCAAGCUGGUGCUUCUCGGUGACGGUGCAUGCGGCAAGACCUCAUUACUGAAUGUCUUCACAAGAGGCGAGCCCACAGUAUUCGACAUCUACAUCGACAACACACACGUUGAGCUCAGCUUAUGGGACACCGCCGGGCAAGAAGAAUUUGAUAGGCUACGAUCAUUGAGCUACGAUGACACGCACGCGAUCAUGCUCUGCUUUUCGGUCGACUCACCGGACUCGCUCGAGAACGUGGAAACGAAAUGGGUCGGCGAAAUAGCAGAGAACUGCCCCGGCGUUAAGCUCGUUCUAGUGGCACUCAAGUGUGACCUGCGGAAGAAGGAGGACGACGACGCCGACGACCAGCAACCUGAGAAACCAUGCAUCGACUACAACGAGGGUCUGCGCGUAGCGGAGAAGAUCAAGGCACUGCGGUACCUGGAAUGUUCCGCUAUGAAGAAUAGAGGUGUGAACGAAGCGUUUACUGAAGCCGCCCGCGUCGCUCUGCAAGUCAAGACCAGCAAAGACAAGAGCGGCGGUUGCACAAUCCUCUAG